AUGGAUGCCAAAGAUAGUGUUUCUCAAAUUUCACCCAUGAGUAACCGAACAUCAAGUACAGUUCAUGUGAAAGCAGCCGCAAAACGAGCUGAACUGUUAUGUAGGCAACGUCUACUGACAAAGAAACAAGAAUUAGAAUCUAGACAUCUUGCUGUGCAACAAGCUAGGCAACAGGAAGAAUUUAGACUGCAGAGAGAAAAGGAAAACUUCGACCUGCAGGUAGAAAUAGAAGUUUCUGAAGCCAGCAUUAGUGCUAUAGAGCAAUAUGAAGAUGAGUUUGAUCAGAAAAUCAGAUUCAAGUUGCCCGACGAAAUUCCUCAUCCGGCGGCAUGUGCAAGUUCUGUGUUGGGUGAUAGAAUUGAAGCUGGAGCAUCUGAAAGGGUCUCUUCAAAUGAAGAGCCCAACAAGAUUGAAAAUCCUUGGUCGAUACCGCAAGACUUUCAAGGUAAAGUAGAUGAAGUCGAAAACCGGAUGCCAGAAUUGACUCCGCAGGUGAAUAUAGGCCAGCUACACAAAGAUUGUGCUCAGCUGGAUCACCAUGAUGUGCCUGAGCCAACUACAGCACAACGGUAUCAACCACAUCUGCAGCCCAUUUCCGAUAUCGGUGAGCUGACGCAACUUUUGAAUAAGCAACAAGUUAGAGCUGCGUUACCAGCACAACAGAUAGAAAUCUUCAAUGGCGAUACACUGAAGUACACAAGAUUCAUCAAGUCCUUUGAGUUCGGUGUCGAAGACAAGACCACAGACGGUAGAGAUAGACUGAAUUAUCUUUGCCAAUAUACCUCCGGAGAGCCCAACACUCUGGUAAGCAGUUGUUUACAUUACCAUGAUGCUGAAGAGGGCUACAGCAAGGCUAAAGAGUUGCUAGCCAAAAGAUACGGCAACAGUCACAAGAUUGCUCAGGCGGUUUUAAACAAAGCCAAUAAUUGGCCUGACAUCAGAGCAGAAGAUGCUACCGGCCUGAAUAAGUUUUCGAUAUUCUUAUCGGAGUGCAAGAACAUGACAAGUUCUGUCAGCGCUCUCAGUGAAUUAAACCACACCCAGAGCAUCCAGAUGUUGGUCGAGAAACUUCCGUACAGACUGCGCAGCAUGUGGAGAAACAAAGUGUAUGAAGUGGAAGAAGAGAAAAAGAGAUGCAUUGUCCUUGACGAUCUGGUGAGUUUUGUAGAUCGACACUCUCAGAUACUCUCCAACCCAACGUUUGGAAGGCUACGUGAGACUCCCCACCUAGGCAAGAAUAACAUUGGAGAGAAGAACAAAAGAGUUCAAGUCAAGAAAGAGGCAUUUGGCACCGCUGUGAAUAGCCAUGCAGAGAAAGCAAGGCAGAAGAAGUCUUGUCAAUUCUGUGGCGGUAACUCCCAUCACGCUACAUUAGAAUGCAUGAAAUUCGCGCAGCUGAGUUGGAAGGACAAGUCGUCAUUCUGUUUCAAACACGGAUUGUGUUUUGGCUGCCUGGGGGUCGGUCAUACGAAAUCAAGCUGUAAACAGAGAGAGUUAAGUAAAUGCAGCAAAUGUCCAGGCAACCAUCCAACAGUUCUGCAUAAUGAUGAGAAAAUCACUAAGACGUCCCACCUAGCGCAGAACUCUCAGACCCAAGUCACAACGGGGUGUGCGGGUGUACUAGGGGCUGGGGCGAAUUUGCACGCAUCUGGCAGUCCUCGAAUGGCUAUCGUACCCGUCUUAGUAAAGGCAUCUUCGAGUCAUGAAUGCAUUGCCACGUACGCAUUUCUAGACAACGGAUGUGGAGCAGUUUUCGCAGACAGCGAGAUUUGCAGAGCACUGAAGGUGAGAACAAGGAAGAGAAGUAUAAUACUGAAAACCUUGAAUUCAGAAGAAGUUGUCGACUCUGCUAUCGUGAUAGAUAGACUCCAGUUGGGAGGGAUGAUAGAGGAGAACAGCUUCAUCGACCUACCUGAUGUGUAUGUCAAGAAUGACAUUCCUGUGUCGCCAGAAGACAUGGUAACGAAAGAUGAUCUGCAGGAAUGGACCCACCUGUCACACAUACAACUACCACAACUGUGCAGCCCAGCGAUUCCAAGGGUAACCCUAAUCAUAGGUAUGAACGUACCAGCUGCUACAACACCAAUUGAGGUCAUCAGAGGCGACUCGGGAGAUCCUUAUGGUGUUAAGACCCCUGUGGGAUGGGUCAUCUAUGGAGUGCCCGGCAGACCCAAAUCCCAACUUGAUGCGAACUACAUCAACGUACUAGAUGGCUUGACCAACCUGGAAAAUCAAUACAAACACUACAUGAACUUAGACUUCAAUGAAAGGUUGGGCGAAAGCCAAGAUGAAAGUGCACUGUCAAGGGAAGACAUGCGCUUCUUAGACAUUGUCAAAGAAACUACAGAGUUUCAAGGCGGUCACUAUCAGAUGGCACUACCACUACAGCGACCCACAGUAAGAAUGCCUGACAACCGCUCGCUGGCAGAGAAGAGAGCUGUUCAACUGAAGCGGAAGUUCGAUAAGAACCAAGAGUUCAAAGAGAAAUAUGUGCAAGCUAUGGAAGAUACCAUAGGCAAGGGUUAUGUUGAAAAGGUUCCCGACAGCCAGAAGUUCAGAAGUGAUGGUAAAGUCUGGUUCAUCCCACAUCACGGUGUUUACCAAGUUCAGAAGCAGAAGAUGAGAGUGGUGUACGACUGCGCCGCAGAGUAUGGUGGUGUUUCCCUGAACCGACAGCUGUUACAAGGGCCAGACAUGACCAAUGGUCUCACAGGUGUGCUGAUGAGAUUCAGACAAGAACCAGUUGCCGUCAAAGCUGACAUAGAGGCAAUGUUCUACCAAGUGAGGGUGAGAUCGGAAGAUAGAGAUCUCCUAAGAUUCCUAUGGUGGCCAGGUGGAGAUCUGAGUCGUGAAUUAGAAGAGUAUAGAAUGACAGUGCACGUCUUUGGUGCAGCAUCGUCUCCCAGCUGUGCCAAUUAUGCACUACGUAGGACAGCUACAGACAACGAACAGCGCUAUCGCUCGGAAGUUACGAAUGCUGUCGGGAAGAAUUUCUACGUCGAUGACUUUUGCAAGUCAGUACCAGAUAAAGAAGAGGCCAAGGUCAUCUCGAGGGAAGUGACAGACCUGUUAGCUGAGGGUGGAUUCAGACUCACCAAGUGGGUCAGCAAUCAGCGAGAAGUCUUACGGUCGAUUCCUAGGGAAGAAUGGUCUAAGGAGGUAAAAGGCCUGCAGAUUGAUCAAGAUGUUCUUCCACCAGAGAAAACUCUUGGAGUCUUGUGGUGUAUGGAGAGCGACACCUUCGGCUUCGAGAUCAAUGUGAAAGUUCGUGAACCCACACGUCGUGGUAUACUAUCCAUUGUGAGUUCAGUUUAUGAUCCGUUGGGAAUGGUCAGUGCUGCCAUUAUGCCUGCCAAGUUGCUGCUUCAGGAUCUAUGCAGAUUGAAGUUGAACUGGGAUGAGAAGAUUCCUCAAGAACACCUGCACAAAUGGAACCUUUGGCUGAUGGACCUACCCAAACUAGAAUGCAUCUCAGUAGAUAGAUGCUUCAAGCCUGAAGGCUUUCAGGAUCCUGUUAGUGUGCAGAUCCAUCACUUUGCCGAUGCCAGUGAGAAAGGGUAUGGCGUCGUCAGCUACCUGAGACUACAGAACAGAUAUGGAGAUGUUCAUUGCUCCUUUGUUACAUCCAAAUCAAGAGUGACCCCGUUGAAGCAGCAAUCCAUACCCAGACUUGAACUUACAGCAGCCACUGUAGCAGUGAGAGUACACAACUCGAUAGUUAGAGAGCUGGAGAUCCCUGUUGACCAGACUUUCUUCUGGACAGACAGUAUGACCGUCAUCAAGUAUAUCUGCAAUGAGACGACAAGGUUCAAGUCUUUCGUGGCUAAUCGACUUACUGUGAUAAGGGACAGUUCUCAUCCAUGUCAGUGGAAGUAUGUGAGAUCAGAACAGAAUCCAGCAGACGACUGUUCAAGGGGACUUCCCAUCGACAAGUUCAUUGCCAAUAGGAGAUGGUUCCGAGGACCAGAGUUUCUCUGGCAUGCAGAAGCAGAUUGGCCUUCAACUUGCGUGACCGAGGAGCCAGAAGUAGAUCGGGACCCAGAAGUAAAGCGUGUCAUGGCGGCAGUUCCGAUUGAAAAUCUGCUGAGUCGGUCAAAUGCAGUUAAGAAGCUGAUAGAAUACUACUCAGAUUGGAAUCGUCUGAGGAGAGCUGCAGCAUGGUGGCUACGGUUAAAGAGAAUCCUGAGAAAGAGAAGCAAAGAAGAAUUCAAACAUGACGCUGUGAACAACCUCACAUUGGAAGAAAUAGAAGAAGCUGAAGUGAGUAUCUUGAGAUGGGUUCAACAUGAGGCAUUUCCUCACCAGAUAAAGAGGCUUCAAGAAAUGAAUGAUGGCCCUCAAGAUCUCACAAGGGAAUCUCCAAAACAGCAGAAAGUGGAUAAGCUGUUAGACCAGUUAGACCCAGUGAUGCACAAGAGCUUGAUGAGGGUCGGCGGUAGGUUACAAGCCGCUCAACUCCCAGAGGAAGCCAAGCAUCAGAUAAUCCUGCCACAAAGGUGCCACGUGACAGACCUGAUUAUGCAACAUACACACCAAAAGAUUCACCACCAAGGCAGAAAUCAUGUACUUGCAGAGCUGCGCCGGAGAUAUUGGAUUUUGAAGGCAGGAGUGGUUUUGAAGAGUGUGUUGAAGAGGUGCGUGAUUUGCAAGAAAGUCCAAGCUAAAUUGGGUCAGCAGAAGAUGGCAAACUUACCCGCUAACAGGCUGCUAUCUGAGAAGCCAGCCUUCACUAGCACCGGAAUAGAUUACUUUGGCCCCUUCAAUAUCAAGCAGGGCCGCAACAUAAAGAAGCGGUAUGGAGUAGUAUUUACCUGCUCGACCAGCCGAGCAGUUCACAUUGAGAUUGCAGAGAGCCUAGACACAAGCUCGUGCAUAAAUGCAGUGAGACGCUUCAUUGCCAGAAGAGGAAAUAUAAAAGAGUUGAUUUCCGACAAUGGUACCAACCUCGUGGGUGCUCAUGCAGAGUUGAAAAAGGCGAUGAGCGAGUGGAAUCAUGAAACUCUCGAGAAAUUCACAACUGAUCGUGGUAUCACCUGGAAGUUCAACCCGCCAGCAGCUUCACACUUUGGCGGCAUCUGGGAACGCCAAAUCCGUACCAUUCGGAAGAUACUACAAGCCAUGUUGAAUGAGCAGCAUAUGAGAGUGUGUAGAGAUGAUCAGGAACAGCUCAGGACCUUGAUGUGUGAAGUUGAGUACACAAUUAACAGUAGACCGUUAACCCAUGCGUCUGAUGAUCCUAAGGAUUUGAACGCCAUCACUCCCAAUGAUUUGCUCUUGCUGAGACCGAGCAGUCUAUACGUCGCACCACCUGGUGUUUUCUCAGAGAAAGAUCAGUAUGCGAAGAGGCGAUGGCGCCAAAUGCAGUAUUUGGCAGAUCUGUUCUGGAAGCGAUGGUCUAGAGAAUACCUGAUGGAUCUUCAACAGCGCCAAAAAUGGUUGUACCCUCAGAGGAACCUACACCCUGGUGAUGUGGUGUUAGUUGCUGACAAUCAAGCACCGCGCAGUUCGUGGCCCCUUGGAUUAGUGGAAAAAACCUAUCCUGACAAGAAUGGAUUGAUCAGGAGUGCUGAGGUAAAAACAAGAACGGCUCUUCUGGUGAGACCGGUCACGAAGCUUUGCCUUCUCCUUGAGCAAGAAACUUCAGUUCUGAAGGAUCACAAUGAGCCAUUGUGUAAUGCACAACAGUUAUAG